AUGCUCAAGACUUUACAUUUCAGUGGCAGAGUGAUACUACACGAUUAUUUGGAAGAAGAAAAUAAAUGUAAAGUUUUCUGCAACAAGGACCUCAUCGAUACCCUUCGAUAUUAUAUUCCAAUUAUCAACAAGUACUGCACGGGAUUAACAAGACUGGUUAUUGAAGUAGAGGAAGAUCCUUUGGCAACAGAUUUGACAGUCCUCGCUCUAGGUCUUAAGGGCUCGCUCGAAAGUUUGUUUCAAAGAAGUAUUUUGUCCCUUCUUGAAGGACAACUUCGAAAGUUACAAACGGUGAAGGCUCUGGAGGUUUUUCAAAUCUUCGAGGUUAAGGAUGACAUACCUGCAGAGUCCACGGCUACAAGUUCUAAAUCCAAAAGACAUAUGAGAAGAGAGAAGCUCCAUUUGGCAGAACCGGCGAUUGCAUGGUUUAAGGAGAGAGCGCAGGGAUUAGAGAAUGUCGAAAGAAACGGAGGAUGUAUGGAUGAAAUAUGA